AUGUGGCACAGGGCGCCCGGGCUGCCGGACAACGCGGUCUCGGACACCUUCCUGGACUCACUCGUGAUUGGGAGCUACGAGACGCAGCGGCGGGAGUACUGGAGCGUGGUGUUGGCGGCCACUGCAGUGACACAGCAGGUGGCCGCGGUCGCCGCGGUCGCGGUCGCAUCCGUCCUGCUCUACCACGGCCGCGUCGCGACAUCGACGGUCGUCACGGCGUCGCUGCUCGUGCUGGCUGCGGGUUGGUCCUUCUGCUGCUUCAGCGCAGGCCGCGUCCUCGGCGGGUCCCUCCUCCGCGUGGGGCGACAAACUACGCUGCUGUACGUGGGUGUGCGCGGCAUGUCGCCGCUCCUGGCGUCUCUGACCGCUACCAUCAGCUCCGACACGGUCCUGGCAGUGUCCGUCACGCUCGCAGUGGCGCACCUGUACCUCCACGACUACAACUUCACCGCAGCAGCCUCGCGCAACCUGUCUGGCACCCUGUCUCUGUCCGCUGCAAUCGGCGCGUCCGUGCUGGUGUCGAGCCGUCUGCCCACGCCGGAGUGUGUGUUCGCGCACCUGAUCUUCUGCCUCGUCGUUUUCCUCCUCACUCCCUACAUUCGCCACUUCGUCAGGGCCCGGAGCAUCUCCAUGCACGUGGCGCUCACGGUAGCACUCGUCGCGGCGCCCCUGCCGCCGCUGGCCGCGCAGAGCUCCGCCGCGGCGGUCGCGCUCGUGGUCGUGCACCUGUUCAUCCUGUUCGCGUGCCCGCUGCUGUUCCUGCACGCCCAGCAGUUCAAGCUGGUGGUGCAGGGGCGCUGGGACGAAGCGCCGACGGACGCGCGGGCAGGGUGA